AUUAGAUCUAAAUCUAAAACAGAAGUAUUAAUAAUCUGAAUUAUUUAUAAAUUAAUUUAUUUUUUAAGGAAAAUGAAUUAUUUGCUUUACUUUUUCCAAAUUGUUUUAAUACAGUACACAUCAGCACAAGUAAUAACCCUAGGAGGGCGAAAUUUCCUAAACAAUCAAAACUGCGGCAACCUACCUUUAGCAACCAAUUUUGCCAACAACGCUAAUAUUCUAGCCAAUAUGGGCCAACCAGGCCAACUAACCAACAUUGUUGCACAGAAUAAUUUGGGACAAGAAUAUUUAAUUAGCAACGCCAAUUAUGCUAACAACCUACCUAGCAACAAUAUAGGCUUGGCUAGCGGCAAUAUUGGGUUGGCUAGCGGCAACAUUGGUUUGGCUACUAGCAAUAUAGGAUUAAGUAAUAUUGGUAGUGAAGUUGUUUACAAUAAAGCUCCAAUGUACGCUAAUGUUGUCAAACCUCCGAGGGAAUAUGGGAUCGAGUUUUCAUCAGGAGCCUUAUCAGUGGGGGGCAACGUGGAAGUUAACGGGAGAUUGCCUUUCAAUGCCAAUGUAGCCGUGAACGGGGUAGUACCGGCGCAGGGAUUGGGUGAAGUUGACUAUACGUGUGACAAGUUGGGUGCAGAAGAGAACUAG